AUGGCAGAAUCUGUAGCCAAAAAGAGGACAUCUGCAUCUUCAUCGAUGAUGCCAGACUGGACUAAGCUCCCUGAAGAGCUAUUUGAAGUUAUCUCCGAGAAACUGAACAACUGUUUCGACGUUGUUCAUGCUCGCUCUGUUUGCAGCUUGUGGCGAUCCACAAUGCCAUUUCCUUGUAGCCUGUUACGCCCAAGUUACUCUCUUCCCUCGUUCACAGAGGUCCCUCACGAAAGCAAAGGCUUUUGCACCAUCAAGAAGAUCCCUUUGUUCUUCUUCAUAGUCCGUCCUACUCUUGCUGCUGGUGAUUCGCCUUCUGAGUCGUAUUUCUAUGGAGGAAUAGGCCGUAGAGAUGAGUCAGAGGAUCAUAUGGAGAUGAUUCCAUCUCCACUUCAGUGUUCAGUGAAAGUGACGAUCGGAGAAUCUGAGGCAACCUUGAUGAACAUGCUCGACUGCGAGAUCCUCCCUCUUGGCCACCAAUACAGAAUGAUUGGUUUGGAUUCUGAAGAGUGUAUCAGGGAAGUUGCUGUUCUUCCGCUAGGAGGAGGAGAGUUCAUUGUGCUUCUCAACUUACGUAAAUCUUGGUUGGUGUUAAGAAGUGGUGAAAUGAAGUGGAUGGUGGUUAAGAACUUCCCAUUUAAAUUUUGCAAGAAGGUAGUGGCUUUUAGAGGCAGGUUUUACGCAAUGGAUCUUAUGAUGGGAAUUGUAGUUAUUGAUCCUUAUUCGCUGGAGGUGACUCCCCUGAUGCAGUCGCAGCCUCUUUCUUCGCGAAGGUAUCUGAUUCCAUGUGGCAAUGAUGAACUUUUCCUGGUUGAGCAAAACGGUAGCCAGUUGAAAUUAAGAGUGAGUAGGCUAGAUGAGGAGGCUGGUAAAUGGGUCGUGGUCACCCAUGUGGGAGACCGUGUGUUGUUCAUUAGUCAUGGACACUUGGGAAAUGUAUGCUGCUCGGCUAAAGAGCUUCCUGAUGGUUGUGGUCUGAGUGGGAACUCAAUUUUGUUCAACUUUACGGUAGACGGUGGAAGCUUCUUUUUUAGAUAUCGAGUACACACAGGAUUCGAUGAAGACAACCUCAGUUUUUGGAUAUUAUCAGCAGAGAAUCCUGUGACUAUCCUCAGCACAUCUCCGGUGCUGGCUCUCCGGGUUAAGCUCUAA